GUUGUUUGGUAUCACAGGGAGGGGAUAGAAAGAAAGAAAGUGCUAAACACCCAAAGCACAGGCACAAGACAGGCUGUAACGUUAACAGUGUGAGUGUGCAGUCCUCCCUGCCAAGGACGGAGAAGCACCAGGGACCAUGGGUGAGAAUGGACCUCAUACAGAGGCGACGAUGUACUUUGAGGUGGAGGUGGACCACCUGGAGCGCGACGACGAAGAAGAAGAGGACAAGAUACACUUCGACAAAGACGAUGACCUGAUCGCUGAGCCUUCGUCGUCCUCUGGACGGGUGUACGACCGCACCACAGUACUCAUCGAGCGGGACCCAAUCCGGCUAGAUGAGGAGGGAGAAGAGGAGGGUCACUGUGGAGGGUACGAAGAUGGGGUCACCUUCCUAACUGAAGGGGAAGGUGAUGGGGAUGAAGAGGAUGGCUCUCUGGCCUUUAUGAACGACCCUGAUGGCAUGUCACAGGGUUAUGUGCACCACACCAUUUCUCCAGACCAGAUCCAGUUCACAAUAAAUCCAGGCUCCACUCGCAUGCCACGCAACAUAGAGGGGGCCACCCUCACCUUGCACUCUGAGUGCCCAGAGACUAAGCUGAGAGAGGUGAAGCGCUACCAGUGCAUGUUCGAAGGCUGCACCAGGACCUACAGCACGGCGGGUAACCUGCGAACACACCAGAAGACACACCGGGGCGAGUACACAUUCGUGUGCAAUCAGCAGGGCUGUGGAAAAGCCUUCCUCACCUCUUACAGCCUCAAGAUCCAUGUGCGUGUUCACACCAAGGAGAAGCCGUUCGAGUGUGAUGUGCAAGGCUGUGAGAAGGCCUUUAACACGUUAUACAGACUAAAAGCACACCAGAGACUUCACACAGGCAAGACAUUCAACUGUGAAUCAGAGGGAUGCACAAAGUACUUUACCACCCUUAGUGACCUGAGGAAGCACAUUCGCACACACACUGGGGAGAAGCCAUUCCGGUGUGACCACGAUGGCUGUGGCAAAGCAUUUGCUGCAAGUCAUCACCUAAAAACACAUGUACGGACACACACAGGGGAGAAACCAUUCAACUGUCCCAGUGACGGCUGUGCGAAGACUUUUAGCAGCCAGUACAGUCUGAAGAGUCACAUCCGGGGCCAUGACAAAGGCCAGCCCUUCACCGUCACCCUCACCCAUCCGCUCUCUGAAGAUGCAAAUCACUCGCUGUGCCUCAGUGACUUGAGCCUCAUCUCUACAGACUCGGAGCUCCGAGAGAACAUCCAUAAUACUCAUCAUUUGGAUCUCAGCAAUGUAACACCUGUGAAAAUCUUUGAGCUCAUGUUCCAGAGUCCUGAAAAUAGUGUCAGCCAAGAUGAUGCCCAUCCCAACGAGAGCCUUGCUGAAUCCUUCAGCCUAGAGACGCCUACCCACUCGGUAGUGACUGAUGGAUCGCCCCUCAUCUCUUUCUCUUUCCAUCCUACCUGCUCAUCUUCCUGUUCCCACACAACUGCAGUUAUAGAGGCUCCUACCCAGCUCAGUCAGAGCUCUUCCUCUAAGGCCUCCACCUCUGCUUCUGUCACCGCCACUGUCAGCUCAACGCAGCCUCCACCUUUCACUCAAGCAGCCGGGCCUCAGCAGAUCUCCGAUGCGCCUGCCCAAGCCUCUGUCCAAGCACCAAACCAUGUAACCCCCCAGCACUACGUGGCACUGCCAACCACAUUCCUGCAAUCAGAUAGUGCCACCCAGACCACUCCUCUACCACCAGACAUCUCCGUUCCAGCUCCAGUAGCUCCAGCACCGACCACCACAGCACCAGGCACUGCUCCUGUGUCUGCUGUUGCAGCCACCGCAACAGAUGCUGCUGUGGCAGCUGUGGCAGCUGUGGCUCAACCUGUGCCUUUGGCCAACAACCCUGUUCCAAACGCUGGCCCCGGUUUGGCUACCGCCCCUGCCACCAUCACCAUAGCGCCCACAGCAAACCUGCUGCAGCCCAGCCUGGUCAUGUCGGACCAGAACCUCCAGUGGAUCCUCAGCAGUGCUGCCAGCAGCCAGCAGAACUCAGAACAAUCGUCGCAUCAAGGAACUCCUAAAGUGGAAAAAGUUUUCUUCACUACAGCCAUACCAGUGGGAGGAAAUGCUGGCAGCUCAGUUCAACAGAUCGGCCUCAGUCUGCCUGUCAUCAUCAUCAAACAGGAGGAAUCCUGCCAGUGCCACUGUGCAUGCAGGGACGCUGCUAAAGAGAAGAGUUCAAAGAGUGCCUCCGCCAUUGUUUCCGCCCCAUCACAGCCACAACCACCAGAGCCUCCUCCUCCACCACUACCACAACCCCCAGAACCUCCACAACAGCCAUCCACCUCAUCUUCUUCAUGCAGCCUCCCCGCGUCUUCCUCCAAGGUGGGUGAGGUGAGGCUGGAGGCCCCCUCUUCUUCUUCUACUUCUUCUUCUUCCUCCUCCUCAUCCUCAGCUCAGACUCUCUCAACGAUAGUGAGCAGCACUGCCACAAACCCCCCCUCGUCUGAAGCGUUAGCCAAUAUGGAUGUCUCGGACUUCCUCUCCCUGCAGAGCCCUGAGACAGCUGCCAACAUUGAGGCUCUGCUGCUGGUCGCUGAUGACUUCAACAUGGCCACCGAUGGCAAUCCUUAGAAGAGCGGCCUUCUGAGUCUGGCACCGUGUGUUCGUCUUUUGCACUCACUCAUCCACACGCACCAAUUCCACCCACAUCUCGAGUCAUUCUCCACAGCUACGCCUCUUCUUUCUCCCUAUAUAGUGUGUAUCGAA